UUUAAAGUAAUCAUUUAUGGACUUGGAUGUCACUGGUCUGCUAUGAAAUUCAAAUCAGCAACAUAACAUGUUUGCAUGCUAAUGAGCUUAUUGUAAUUGGUGAAAAGGCCUUGUAUCUGGGGGUCUGCUAUUAAAUUAAUAUGAAAAUAAUACUCUGUAGUUAAGUGAAACCUAUUUUAUCAAUACGUUAGGACAGUUUUAGAUUUGCAAUUAAAAAGUAUGACAUUUAGUACAGUUAGACAGAGAUACCAAUGUAAGGGAGCGUUUUUUUCUGCUCAAUACUUUAUAAAGUGGUUAAAAUCAGCUCCACCUCGACCAGCGACAAUAAAAUGUUGCUCAGACAUUAAUGUUUUGUGAUAAGCAUAACACAAACAACAAUGUGAAAGGUGUGUUUGGGCAUAUUGAGUGGUUUUCCUUUAGUUACCUUGAAGGUAAACCUUUGUGGGUUUAAACAGAAAAGGUCUUACUGACACUCCAGAGAGCCAAUAGCUGAUUAAAAUGAUCACUCCUACGAACCAAUCGCUGCCGUCGUUACGUCCCACCUCACGCGGAUGACGGUGAGCUCGGAGCAUUUCAGCACCUGGGAGCUGUUCGUUGUGCUCGAGUCAACUGGCUGCUAACGGUGAGGAUGGCCAAGGUGAAGCAGGUGGGCUUGCUGGCAGCAGGCUGUCAGCCCUGGAAUAAAGAUGUGUGUGCUGCUAGCGGUGACCGCUUCGCCUACUGUGCUACUUUGGCGAUAUACAUCUACCAGUUGGAUCAGCAGUAUAAUGAGUUUAAGUUGAGGUCCAUCAUGUCCGAACACAAGAAGACCAUUACAGCCAUCAGCUGGUGUCCUGAUAACCCUGAUCUGUUUGCGUCAGCCUCUGCUGAUAACCUGCUCAUCAUAUGGAACGUAGCAGAACAAAAGGCUGUAGCGAGACUGGACAAUACUAAAGGUGUCCCUACAUCAGUCAGCUGGUGCUGGAACUCAGCUGAUGGGGUGGCGUUCGUCUCUCAGCGUGGUCCGCUGUAUAUCUGGGUCUAUGGAGGUCCUGACCCAGGGGUCACAGUGCAUAAAGAAGCCCACUCCUUCCUGUCUGAUAUCUGUCUCUUCAGAUGGCAUCCCAACAAAAAAGGCAAGCUGGUGUUUGGACACACAGAUGGAAGCUUGUCUGUGUUUCAGCCAGGGAGUAAAAGCCAAAAGCAUGUGUUGCGUCCAGAGUCGUUAGAGGGGACAGAUGAAGAGGACCCAGUCAGUGCUCUGGAAUGGGACCUUUUGUCAACAGAUUAUUUAUUAGUGUCAAAUCUCCAUAAUGGUAUCAGGCUGGUGGACAGUGAGGCCUUGGCUUGUAUCACGUCCUUCUGCUUCCCCUCAGCUGCCGCAUCAGUUCAGUGUCUGGCCUGGGUGCCCUCUGCACCAGGCAUGUUCAUCACCGGAGACUCCCAGGUUGGAGUGUUGAGGGUGUGGAAUGUGUCUCGCUCCACUCCUUUGGACAGCUUUAAGCUGAAAAAGACUGGAUUUCAUGCUUUGCAUGUCCUCAACUCCCCUCUUGCCAAGAAAGCUCAGACUUCCUGUUCUCCCAGUAAAAGUCUGCAUACCAGUUCCACUAGUGAGGCAGUACCUCCUCCAACCCUGUCACAGAACCGGUCCUUCUCUCUGCCUCCUGGCCAUGCUGUGUGCUGUUUCAUGGAUGGAGGGGUGGGACUCUAUGACAUGGGGGCCAAGAAGUGGGACUUCCUGCGAGACUUGGGUCAUGUAGAGACUAUCUUUGACUGUAAAUUUAAGCCAGAUGAUCCCAACCUGCUGGCCACAGCUAGUUUUGAUGGAACCAUCAAAAUCUGGGACACAAACACACUAACUGCUGUUUACACCUCCCCUGGCAAUGAAGGAGUGGUCUACUCCCUGUCUUGGGCUCCAGGAGACCUGAACUGCAUUGCUGGGGCGACGUCUCGUAAUGGAGCGUUCAUCUGGGAUGUCAGGAAAGGAAAGAUCAUCACUCGCUUUAAUGAGCAUGGUAAGAAUGGUAUAUUCUGCAUAUCAUGGAGCCAUAAGGAUUCAAAAAGGAUUGCCACCUGUAGUGGAGAUGGAUUCUGCAUCAUCCGGACCAUUGACGGUAAAAUUCUUCAUAAGUACAAACAUCCUGCUGCAGUAUUUGGGUGUGACUGGAGCCAGAACAACAAGGAUAUGAUAGCAACGGGCUGUGAGGAUAAAAAUGUCCGUGUGUAUUACCUGGCCACCAGCUCUGAUCAGCCUCUGAAGGUGUUCACUGGGCACUUGGCUAAAGUAUUCCAUGUUCGCUGGUCUCCACUCCGAGAGGGGAUAUUGUGUUCUGGGUCGGAUGACGGCACUGUGCGUAUAUGGGACUACACACAGGAUGCGUGUAUCAAUGUGCUGAGUGGUCAUAAAGCUCCAGUCAGAGGCUUGAUGUGGAACACAGAGGUUCCUUACCUCCUCAUCUCAGGUUCUUGGGAUUAUACAAUCAGAGUUUGGGACACAAGAGAUGGCACCUGUCUAGAUACAGUCUACGACCACGGAGCUGAUGUCUAUGGUUUGACAUGUCAUCAGAGCCGUCCGUUCACCAUGGCCAGCUGCAGCAGAGACAGUACAGUGAGGCUGUGGUCUCUCACACCCCUCAUCUCUCCACUGCUGCUGAGCAUCGUCACCGACCAGCCUUGGGAAAAGAUCGUAGGAAACACAGACACAGCUAUGGUUCCUGGCUCACCGCCGCUGCUCUGUGGCAAAGUGUCUCGUGACAUCAAGCAGGAGUUGGAUAAGCUGAGCGUCGACAUCAGGGCCAAGAAGCUACGCUGGUUUUCUGAAUGCUUUUCGCCUCCAGGAGGCAGCAGUAACCUGUGGGACUUGGUUUCAGUCAUCAAUGGCCAGGACGACUCAUUGCUGCCAGCCAGCUACAGCAAGGGAGUGAUGCACAUGAAACACCUGCUCAAGUUCAAAACGUCUGAAGCUCAGGAGCUCACUAUAGUUAAGAUGUCUAAAUUUGGAGGAGGUAUCGGAGCACCAAGUAAAGAGGAGAGGCUGAAAGAAGCAGCAGACAUUCAUCUGAGACUGGGACAGAUUCAGCGAUACUGUGAAUUAAUGGUGGAGCUUGGACAGUGGGAGAAAGCAUUAUCUGUGGCACCAGGAGUAUCCAUGAAGUACUGGAAGAAACUCAUGCAGAGGAGAGCUGACCAGCUGAUGGCUGAGGAUAAUGACGACGCUAUCCCGUACUGCAUCGCCACGGGAGACAUAAAAAAACUUGUAACUUUCUUCACAAGCAGAGGACAGCUGCUAGAAGCCUUAAUAAUAGCGCAGGGAGCAUGUGAAGGUAACAUUCGUGCACCUCAGAGCUCCCCAGUCAACCACACGACUAAUGACGUGGAUAACAAACACCAGUACCAGAGUCUCCUCCAUAAGGUUUGUAAGGAACUAGCUGAGUGGUACUUCCAGGACGGGUGCUCUGUCCUGGCAGCCUGCUGCCACUUAGCUGUGGACAACGUCAAGUUGGCCAUGUGCAGUCUGAUCCGUGGCAAUGAGUUGGAGUUGGCUGCAUGUGUGGGUCUUGUCCUGGGAGAGGCAGCCAAUCAGAGCACUGCGUACUGCCUUGAGCUCCUGGCCAGGAAGUACAUGACCACACCCACAUGGGAGCUCUCAGCUGACCUAAUCCAAAUGAUUCCUGAUAACCACAUUUUACUGGCUAAGCUGUGUGCGUUUUACCCAGGAAGUACUGUCGAAAUCAACCAGCUACAUGACAGGUGUGGCCUUCCUUCAUUAGAGGAGUGCAAGGCCUUGGCAGAAGCAGCCGUGUGCGAAGGAGAUUUGUUUUCAGCUGUUAAGUUCCACCUGCUGAGCUCUGAACCUGAGAACGCUCUACAGAUAGGGGUAGAUCACGUCAAAGAACAGCUGACUGGAUCUGAUUGGACGGUGGAUAGUGUUUGGCCUAUCUUGGACCUAAUGAGUUACAUUAGAACCGACCGCCUUAUUAUGGCCAAGUUCACUGAAAUGCGCAGUGAGCUGUUGAUCCUGUGUGGUUAUAUUGGAGGUCUGCUGGCCAUUAGGAGACAAUACUCCAGCAUUGUGCCUGCACUCUACGAAUACACCAGUCAGUUGUUAAAGCGGAGGGAGGUGUGUGUUCCUCUGAAGAUUGAGCAGCUGUCUGUGGAGCUGGAUGCCUGGCGGGCAUGUACGCAAACCAACAGCAAUCCUCCUUCAGAGUGUCAAAGAGAGGAGUUCAGCUGCCUGGAGAGGAGAAUCCAGCCGACAGACUCUGCUGCAUUAGUCUUGUGUGGAGCUGAUUAUGUGACAGGCUCCAAUCUGCCAAGCCACUCUGAUGUUCAACUGUCCUGUUUCACCGGACACAGAAUACAGGGUCCAGUGUUUUUGCUGGAGGACGGUAAAUCAGCAAUCUCCCUUAAUGAUGCUUUAAUGUGGGCAAAGGUCAACCCCUUCUCCCCUCUGGGAACAGGACUCCGCAUCAACCCCUUCUAACACACACACACACGCACACACAGUCGUGUUUCCACUUAUGGGGACAUUACUUAAACUUACAUUAAAUUCCUGGAGGCUUAACCACCACCUAACCAUAACAAUAAACAUUACUUACGUUAGCCUAACCCUAAGCUUAACCUAACCUAACCUUAAAGCAAGUCUUCACUCUGAUGAUUUAAUGAUUAACAUUGUGGAGACUUGUGUUAUGCCUUCACAGUUUGACUGUGUAAACAGUUUUUUGUCCCCAUAUUCCCCCCAGGAAGACGUGUCCAUGUGCACACACACACACACACACACACACACACACACACACACACACACACAGUGGACAUUCCAGGAGAAGGGUUAACAUAUUUAUUUGAAGGAAGAAUGAAACAAAAGGAAGAGAGUGCAGUGUAGUAAUGGAAAAGAAAAUGAAAACUCGGCCGCAAGUAACAUUUUUGUGCUUCAGCUAAAUGACCAACUGCAUUUUAUCAUUUACUGAGCCAACAAAAGUAGUGACUUUAACAAAUAAUACAUCUGUGAUUCCGUGAGGAUGACUCAGUUUCAAAUAAGCUCAUUUGUUUGGUUUUGGUAGAUUUUGACAUUGGGUAGCUCAGCUGUUUCGUGAUGGGAAAGCAACCAAGAAAAUCAUCAUGCUUUUUAUGUGAGGAGGGAUUCUUACUGAAUGAGAUACAUGAUUGGUUUGGUAGGAUUCCCACUUUUCUCCAACCAGCAAUUUCUCAAACUAUGAGCAUGUAUAUACAGAGUACAAACCUGAAUUACUUUCUUCUGUUGUUGUACAAAAGAAAAUACUGGAAUAAAAGCAACCACUGCA